AUGCUAAGAGAUUACGCGCCAAUUGAAGGCGUAAGCAAUAACCGGCGUAAGCGGGUGUGGUCAAUCGCUGCCAUCGUAACAUUUGCGCUGUUCUGUGCAUACCACCUCUGGAAUUCGCUUGGAGGCGAUACAUCAGGGCCUUCUCUCGAAGCUCUCAUUUGUGAUCAAGUUGAAAAGACUACAGCCUUACCAGUUGAGAAAGUUCAACAAUUGCUAGCAGAUGAGAAGUUAUACAACGACACACUUGGCAAACUUGUCAAUGCAGUAAAAGUUCCUACCGAAAUCUACGAUACCUACGUGAAUCCUGAUAUUGACCCCUCUUUUGCAGGCUGGGAGCCAUUCAAGCUAAUGCACAAGCAACUCGCCAAAGAUUUCCCUGCGGUAUGGUCUCAAUUGAAAGUAGAGACCGUUAACCACUACGGUCUUAUCAUCACAUGGAAGGGUUCCGACGCUGCCCUCAAACCCGCUAUGUUUGCUGCUCACAUGGACGUUGUUCCGGUCGAGAGGAAAACAUGGUCAAGUUGGGAACACGAGCCAUUCAGCGGUGAAGUUAGCGAAGACAGCGAAUUCGGCACUCUUGUGUGGGGUAGAGGAAGUUUCGACGACAAAAACAUGCUGAUUGGUAUUCUACAAGCCUUAGAGUACAUGCUGACAGAGGAGCCAGAUUUUGUUCCGCAGAGAAGCGUCAUUGUUGCUCUGGGUUUCGACGAGGAGGCAGGCGGACCAUUUGGAGCGGGUUACAUCACAGAUAUCCUUUACAAGAGAUAUGGCAAAAACGGUAUUCUAUCCAUUGUUGAUGAAGGUGUUCUGGGAGUUAAAGAAGUGAGCGAUGUGCUAGUGGCCUCUCCAGGAACCGCUGAAAAGGGUCGCUGCGACGUGUGGUUCCACCUAAACACCCCAGGUGGUCACUCGUCUGUUCCUCCUGAUCACACUUCCAUCGGGAUUGCUGCAGAAUUAAUUGCAUCCAUCGAAUCGAGCAAAUUUCCUGCCAUGUUCACUGAUAAGAAUCCCUUCUCGCAAUACCACAGAUGCAUCGCCGAGCACUCACCCUCAAUGGACCCCCGUCUCAAGAAAGACUUUAGUCGCUCCAUGGAGGAUGACGCUGCCAACAGCCGUGUCAUUAAAUACCUGAUUGAAACAGGCGGAAAGAAAACAGAAUAUUUGAUGCGCAGCACACACGCAUUUGAUAUUAUUCAAGGAGGAAUCAAGGCCAAUGCUCUUCCAGAAACUGUUUCUUUCCUAGUUGAUUCUAGAAUUGCAGUUGAAUCUAGUGUUGCGGAAAUAAAUCAAGUGUUCAUUGAAAAGACACUAGCCGUUGCCGCAAAAUAUGACCUUGGAGUCACUUUCCAAGGCAAUGUACUCAGACCAGCUACCCCCAACGGUAACUUCAAUUUGACUCAGGAGGGCUCGCUGGAACCUGCUCCCCCUUCACCUAACAACGAUGUUUGGAAGUCCUUCGCGGCUACUAUCAAGACUCUCUACGAGGAUGUUGUCUUUCCCACCAAAUUCGACGAGCCUCGCGAGCUCGUCGUUGCACCAAGUAUCAUGUCGGCUAAUACCGAUACUGCACACUACUGGAACUUAACGGAAAACAUAUACCGUUACCAACCAGGUUUUGCCCUAGAAGACACUCUUUCUACGAUACACAGUGUCAAUGAGCACAUAAAUUUUGAAACGGUAAUGCACGUCGUUGCCUUCACGUACGGGUACGUACACGUAGUAAAUACUGAACGCUAUAUAAAUUGA